AUGUCGAGUCAGAAUCUCCGCUCGUCGAGUCGAUCCCAGGGUCGCGUCCUAUGGGACGAAAAGAAAUCAUCCGCAAUAGAAAACUUUUGGAAGGCCGAGAAUAGCGUCGUGAAAACGUUAAAAAGAGCAUCAACCGUGAAUUCUAUAAAUAUAAUCAACCGAAUGCUGGACUUACAUUCUAAUUACAACGAUGCAUUGACUAAUACUACACGAGAAAAUAUUGGAUCAGCUCUAAAAAAAAGAAAGACGGACAAAACGGACGAUGAAAUUGAAUAUGAGACUGAUUCAAGUGAUACAAUAUCGGAAAACAAUAGUGAAGAAAACCUUGAUGAGCCAGAGAUGGAAAAGGUGACUUUAUCUCACAAAAGAAAAAGAGAAGUUUUGCGUAUUCUAGAUAAUCAAGAACUUUAUUCAGAAACUCUCCAAACAGAAGUAAAUUUAUUAAAUACUAUUCAAGUUCCAAAAAUUGAG